AUGCAUCUCUUUAAAACUCUGCUUUCGGCCUUUCUCGCGGUCUCAGCCAUUGCAACGCCUAUUUCUGAUGUUUCGGGCCAUAUUCUUACAAAUGAGGCCUUUACCUUCAAAUCCCUUGUGGGCCGUGAUGACACUACACUGACCGCGGCUACCCUGCGGACGGCAAUGAAGGAUGCCAGCGGGUGGUUUGCAGCAAAAUUCCGACAAUAUGAUGUGAUCAUCCAAGGCGGCGCCGUGAACGUUCUACUCGGUGAUCGAACGUCUACGAGAGAUAUGGACUACAUCGCGAGUGAAUGGGUGCAGGGUGAAGGAUAUGAAGGUCCACUCAAAGACCUCAAGAGGGCGAUGGCAUACGCCCACAAGAUGGCGCAGGAGAGGGGACAACCAAUCCCGAACGACUGGGCUGACUCCACGAUCCAGUUCCACUUCUACAACAAACGCGAAGUUUGGACAAAGUAUAAGACGGAGGCCCUGAAGCAGUAUUACGUGCUGGAAGAUGGCCAGAACAUUGACAAAGAUGCCGUGGAUUCGUCGGACGACGAGGAUUAUAGUUGCUAUGGCCUCACGUUCAUUGCUGCGCCGUUCGACUACCAGUUCGUGGUGAAAAUAGCAAAUGCGAACGAAGGAAAGCAAUACGAUACCGCCGAUGCUGCUAAAUAUCUCAAUAUCUGGCUCGGGAUCCAAAAGAAGGAUUCGAUCAACUAUGGAAUCAUUCAGUCUUGGUUCACACCCUGGAGACAGAAGAUACCGAACAACUUGGUCGGACUCUGUAACCAGGUCAACUCAAAUGCGGGCAAGGAAUUGAUUACCGGUAUUCCCGCAUCCUAG